GAAAGAAUUUGUAUUUGAGUAAGUUUAAGAUUUUUCAGGUGGCCCUCAUAGGCCAAGUGGCAGUAACUUCUUUGCAGCUGGCCCUCAAGUUUGGCUUCUGAGGGGCUUAAUGUGGAGCAAGAUAACAGCUGUCUGCCACCUGGAUCUUUCUAACAAGCUUUGUGCAGAGCUUCCCUUUCUAAUCAUAGUACACAUUUCAGUCUGACAAAUCUGAAUGCUGUCCUCCUUGCCUCUGCAGCUGCUGAAGAGUCUGAAGAGGCUGUCUGAGCUGCCCAUCACAGUUGACAUUCUUGUGGUAAGAGCUGUGAAAUCUCUUGUGCUUUCAUCCUGUCUGUCAAGCUACACAAUCUGUCUGCUAGAAAAAUGCUGCUUUCUGAGCAGGAUAUGCUGUCUAAACCACCUGCUCCAAUGUGAAGUCAUAGACAUGGCUGGGAUGAGAUUCUAGAAUUCCCAGUUACAGACAGUAUCUCAGCCCUUCCUCCGCUUCAGUAUGAAGCAGUGCAGGACAGGUGGUGGUGCUCAGCUCUUCCAAAGAUUAAUGCUUGGUCAGGAUUUGCGAGUCAGAACAGUUCCUAAAUGGUGACCGAAGCAGCAUCGCAUUAGAGGAGCUGCAAAUCUUUGAAACUAUUAUGACCAACUUCUGUCUUCGAGUAGUUAUGGAGACAGGUGUUGGAAAGACGGUGAACAGCUUACGGAAGCAUGAGCUGGUGGGAGACUUUGCCAAGAACCUUGUUGCCAGGUGGAAGAAGCUGGUGCCGGUCUCCCAGGAGGCAGAUAGAAAUAAUCUUGAUUCUGAAGACUGUGACUAUGAGAGGAGCAGCUCAAGGAAAAGACAAGCACCUUCUCCCCAGGAGGAUGAGGAACAUGACCAGGACUACUCAGAGCCUUUCCAGCCUUCCUGCAGCCAGCUCUACAGCCCAGAUCAUAGAGAAAAGAAAUCCAAAAGGUAUUUAGGGCCUGAGAAAUCUCAUGAGGCUUAUGGCUGUAGCAGCCAAGAGGAUAAGAGAUGGGACAGAUCUUCCCCAGUGCUCUCUUCAGAUCAGGAGUACUCAGACUAUGGACAAGCUGUGUCACCUGAGCCAAGUGAGAGCCCUCAGGAUACGUACACAGACCCUUAUGCCUCUGAUGAGCAGGAAGAACCAACAGUGUUUCAUCCCAGUAAAGUCAGUAAGGGCCAUGGCUUUCAGGAGAAGCUGGGGGAAAGCUGGGAGAGGAACCCUGGUGAUCUCCAUGACAAAGGGAAUGCGAGUGGAAGCAAAGAGCACAAGUCUUCUCACAAGGAGAAGCAGCGACUUGAUGGCCGAGGGGAGAACAAAACCUCUGCCUUCAGCCCAGAAAAAUUGCACAAGACCUCUUUUAAAGAGCAUCUCCGAGAAAGCCCUGUGGUAGGUGGCAGCAAGGAAAAGCACAGGAUAUCAGAUGGCACUAAGAAGGAGAAAAACCGAGAAAAUAGCUCUUCCAGAAAAGAGAAACUGCACGUGCAGCCACGCUUGGAAGAGUCUGUGGACAACCACACUAAGAAGAGAAAACAUCAGAACUCUGAAAAAAGCAAACUGGGGAAGUCCAAGCCAAGCCUGGAGACUUCUAACACAGAGCGGGAGAAACAGAAAGGUGAGAAUGACUCCUCAAAUAGGAUUAAGGAAAAGGGGACUUCUGGGAGCUUAAAAACGUCUGAGGGGAAGCACAAAGCCUCUGAGUUGGACAAAAAGUCUACUGACUUAUCCUCGAGUUUUGGGGACGGGGAAGUGGAGGAUGAGUUUGAACAGCCUACUAUGUCUUUUGAGUCAUACCUCAGCUAUGACCAGCCCCAGAAAAAGAAAAAGAAAGUGGCCAAACCCUCUGUGUCAGCUGGGGAGAAAGAUAAAGGGCACAGCAAACAGAAUGGAUCCAAAGCCAGUACCAAGAGCUCCAGCUCGAGUCGCAAGAGCCCAAGUCAUAAGCGGACAAAUGAGAAAAAAGCAGAGAAGAAACAAGCAGAGCCUCCUAAACCAAACAGGAUGCUGAUAGAUGUGGUGCCAACCUUACCAGAUAUCCCACUGCCCCCAAUCCAGGCCAACUACCGCCCUCUUCCCUCCAUUGAGUCCAUUACCUGCUCCCAGACAAAAAGGAAAGCAGUUUCCUCACCAGUUGAAGAGAGCGAGGCAGGAUUUAUAGGUCGCCGGUUGAAUUCGAAGAUGCAAGUGUAUUCAGGCUCUAAAACUGCCUACCUCCCAAAGAUGAUGACUUUGCAUGAGCAGUGUAUCAGAGUCCUUAGUAACAACAUUGACUCUAUCUAUGAAGUGGGUGGUGUCCCUUUCUCAGUGCUGGAGCCAGUGUUGGAGAAAUGCACCCCAGAGCAGCUGUACCGCAUUGAGGAGUGUAAUCAUGUCCUAAUUGAAGAAACAGAUCAACUAUGGCAUAAUCACUGUCUUAGAGACUUCAAGAAUGAGAAGCCAGAAGAAUUUGAGUCCUGGCGGGAGAUGUACCUCCGACUUCAUGAUGCUCGAGAGCAGCGGCUGCUCAUGCUGGCACGGAACAUAGGCUCAGCUCAUGCUAACAAACCUAAAGGUAGAGUGGCCAAAAUGGCCUUUGUGAACUCUACAGUGAAGCCCCCUCGGGAUGUACGGAGAAGACAAGAAAAGUUUGGAACUGGAGGUGCUCUUGUGCCAGAGAGAGCCAAAAUAAAACCAGUCCUCUACACAUCUGGCAAAAGCCAUGCUCGCGUGAGCGAGGAGCGGUCCUAUGAUGGGCCCAGCACCAGCAGUGCCCAUUCUGUCCCAUCAUCAGGUAGCACCUUCUCAUCCUAUGACCCUAGGAAGCCACCAGUGAAGAAAAUUGCACCCAUGAUGGCAAAGACUAUCAAAGCUUUCAAAAACAGGUUCUCUAGGAGAUAGGUUGGAAGCACAGAGCUGGGAUUUUUCUCUCUCAUGGGGGAGUGGCACUGAUGGGGGAGAAGGUACCAAAACAGCCCAAGUCCUUUGAACUCUGUGGAGGCUGCAGCUGCUGGGAGAGACUUUGAUCUGCACAAAAUGACAGCACAGUAUUUUAUCUUUUAUUCUCAUCCCUUCUCCCUAACCUCCUGUUUCUGGCCUUGUCUUCUCUCUAAAGAAAGAUGUACAGGAUCUCCAGAUGUGAGAAAAUGUGAAGUCUUGGCACCUGCUGAGAGUAGAAAAUCCAGAGACUAUUUACUAUUUAACCUCUUAAUAAAUUAUGAAAUGGUUUUAAUUAA